AGCGAACGUGCUCCGCAGGCUCAGUGCGCGCCGCGAGGUCCGGCGCUACACUGAGCUCUGCGGCCGCCCCGCGGGCCGGGGUGCGGCGCCGAAAUGCGCCCGCUGCUCGGCCUCCUUCUGGUCUUUGCCGGCUGCACCUUCGCCCUGUACUUGCUGUCGACGCGACUGCCCCGAGGGCGGAGACUGGGCUCCACCGAGGAGACUGGAGGCAGGUCGCUGUGGUUCCCCUCAGACCUGGCAGAGCUGCGGGAGCUGUCCGAGGUUCUGCGGGAGUACCGAAAGGAGCACCAGGCCUACGUAUUCCUGCUCUUCUGUAGCGCCUACCUCUACAAACAGGGCUUUGCCAUCCCUGGCUCCAGCUUCCUGGUUAGUGUGUUGCCCUCCUUCCAACCCUGUUUCCUUAUCUGUUCUAGUCAACAUGGAACCCCCAGGAUCAGCUACUGCAUAGAGGUAAUUGCAACAAAAAGCAAAGAAACAAGAGUGGAGGAGAACAGAAACAGCUUGUUUUUUUUCUUGCUGUUUUUGAGACUUUUUCCCAUGACACCAAAUUGGUUCUUGAACCUCUCGGCCCCGAUUCUGAACAUCCCCAUUGUGCAGUUCUUCUUCUCAGUUCUUAUCGGUUUGAUACCAUACAAUUUCAUCUGUGUACAGACCGGCUCCAUCCUGUCGACCCUAACCUCCCUGGAUGCUCUUUUCUCCUGGGAAACUGUCUUAAAGCUGUUGGCCAUUGCCCUGGUGGCAUUAGUUCCUGGAACCCUCAUUAAAAAAUUUAGCCAGAAACACUUGCAAUUGAACGAAACAAGCAACGCUAAUCAUAUAAACAGAAAAGACACGUGAUCUGGAUUUUCUGUUUGCCAUGUCCCUGGAUGCUUGCUUAUUCGUGUAAUGGGUGUGGUCCUCUAAAGCCCCUCAUUAUUU